AUGGUGUUGUCCAGGACCUUCUUGGAGCUAUUCUCGCGCCGGCCGACCUUGCCGAUAGCUACCUUCCGUUGUCCUGGAAGAGGUACUAGAAGCAUUGCGACCAACAGAUUGGCAUGCCUACCGCGUACACCUCUGUUCGAUGCGAUCAAGUCGCACGAUCCAGAGAGCACAGCAGUGAUACACUCCCUGUCCGGCCGUCAAUUUAGCUAUGGCUCGCUCCUGAAGGAUGUCGCGGUCGCCAAACAACGACUCGCCGAUGAUGCCGGUAGAAAUGCUGAAGCCCUGCAAGGCGAGCGCAUUGCUUUCUUGGUCGAGAAUAGCUAUGACUAUGUAGUACUGAGGUAUGUGGUCAACNNAGUGACGCUACUCGCCAUCCUAGGUACCAAUGCCAUCGCCGUACCGCUUUCACCUGCCUUUCCAUCCGGAGAAUUGAGAUAUAUCCUCGAUCAGAGUGGUGCGCUCAUGCUGGCCACGUCUUCCAAAUUUGCGACCAAGGCCGAUGAUGUGCUGAAUGGCGAGCUGGAGAAGAAGCCUAUUCUGUCACGCUGGGAAAAGAUUGUCGAAAGCAGCAGGAUCAAGGAAGAGGUCGUUCUCGAAGAUGUGACAGAGGACAAGGGUGGAAUGAUGUUGUACACCAGCGGCACAACCAACAGACCUGUGAGUCUCUUCAAUCACCACGAACAACACGAAGUCCUGACAGACAACAGNAAAGGAGUGCUUCUCCCGCAAUCUACUCUCAUGGCUCAGGCAAAAUCCCUCUCCCAAGCAUGGCACUAUUCGCCCACCGACCACUUCCUGCACGUCCUGCCUCUCCACCACAUCCAUGGCACAGUCAACGCCCUCCUGACACCACUACUCGCGGGCAGUACCAUUGAAUUUCUCUUCCCCUUCACCGUUGACUCGGUCUGGUCGCGACUUGCCGCCCCUUUCCUGACGACCUCACCCGAAUACACCAGACAGCCCAUCACCUUCUUUACCGUCGUACCUACAAUCUACAACAGACUGCUGCAAUCACAUAACACCCUCAGUCCGGAGAUGCAGAAGGCAACAAAAGAAGCACUAGACCCGAAGAACAUGCGCCUGAAUAUCAGUGGCUCGGCGGCUCUGCCCACACCUACAAAACAAGCUUGGACGGAGUUGAGCAAUGGAAAUGUCCUGCUUGAACGCUAUGGCAUGACAGAAGUUGGCAUGGCUCUUUCUUGCGGUCUGGCGAACGAAGACCGAGUAGACGGAAGUGUAGGUUGGCCGCUUCCCUCUGUAGAAGCCCGUCUGGUCGACCUCGACACAAAAGCUAUCAUUCAGCUUGGCGAAGAACUCGAUACAGACGGAAAAGAGCGUAGUGGUGAGAUUCAAUUGCGUGGACCCACCAUCUUCAAAGAGUACUGGAACAAUCCCACAGCGACCGCAAAAGAGUUUACUGAAGACGGUUUCUUCAAGACUGGCGAUGUAGCCGUACGGAGAAAUGUCCCGUCCGCUGGCAAGGGUGCGUCAGGAGAUUGGGCACAGGGACCCAUGUACUUCAUCCUCGGUCGUCUCUCCGCCGACAUCAUCAAAGUCGGUGGCGAGAAGGUAUCCGCACUGGAAGUGGAGAGGGAAAUUCUAUCCCUACCCGCAAUCUCCGAAUGUGCCGUUGUGGGUCUACCGUCCGAGACUUGGGGUCAAAAAGUUGCUGCAGUGGUUGUGUUGAGCGAAGAAGGCAAGACUGCUGGUAAAGGCGGAAAGACGUUCGCAGCCAUGGAUCUGAGGAGAGGAUUAAAGGAUAAAAUGGCUGCGUUCAAGAUUCCUCAAGAUCUGAAGGUGGUGGAGAGUAUUCCUAGGAAUGCUAUGGGCAAGAUCAACAAGAAACAGCUGGUCAUUCAGGUGUUUGGCGAUCAAAAGUAA